UGGGGGGCGGCCCGAGCAGCGAGUGAGGUGGAAAUGGGACUCCAUUCGGCUGUAAUCAGUGUCAUGUCGGUUUCGUGUAAACUCCGGUGUUCAGACAUCGGAACAAAAUGGCGUCUGCGAGGUAACAGCGGGUUCUCCUCUCCAUCCGAGUUGCUUCUCCUCCCGCGUUUGUUGCCGGUCCUGGAAAGCCGUGCGGUUGGAUCUGCGAACGAUUACUUCUGUACCCGUGGUCAGAAGAUUAACUGAACGCAGCCUUUGGUUUCCAAUGGGUGUUUCAUUUUGACACGUUACAGGUGCCGCCGUUCAGACCCUGUUGUGGUUCAUGUUUCGGUGAAUUAUUUCACUCCUCAGGAAUACCUUUCAGUGAAUGGCAUGGAAUCGAUCCAUCACAAGGAGGAAGAAUAAUUUCUAUGGCCGACAUUCUGCUUGAACAACAUAUUAAUGGUCAACCAUGGUAAAGCUGGCAAACCCACUAUACACUGAGUGGAUUCUUGAAGCCAUUCAGAAGGUUAAAAAGCAAAAACAAAGGCCGUCAGAGGAGAGACUUUGCCACGCAGUGUUGUCUUUGCAUGGACUGGACAGAAAGACUGUUCUGGAACAGUUGGAACUUAGUGUGAAAGAUGGCACUAUACUUAAAGUUACAAACAAAGGACUUUCGUCCUACAAGGAUCCUGAGAAACCUGGACGCUUUACACCCAUUAAGCCUUGCAAUCUUUCGAAAUCCACACAAGGAUGUACGGCGAAAAACUCCAGUGAUAUCUAUAAUGUGGACUGGAAUAAGCUCCUCAAAAGAGCAAUUGAAGGAUUGGGAGAACCAAAUGGUUCUUCACUGAAGAACAUAGAGAAAUACUUGAGAAGCCAAAUUGAUUUGGCCAGUAUUACCUGCAGUUCAUCAUUUCAACAGAGGAUGAGACUAGCUGCCAAACGUGCUGUAAAUAAUGGGAGAUUAUUGAAGGAUGGACCACUUUAUAGAGUGAAUUACGGGAGUGCAGGAGGCAAAGGAACAGCAAAAUAUAACACCUCUUCAUCUCUCCCACCAGUCAAUCUUCUUCCUUAUGAAAAAGAAAGGCCCCGUGCAAAUCCCUUCCCAAUCUGCAGCUUCUGUUUGGGGACAAAGGAGCACAAUCGAGAGAAAAAGCCAGAGGAUCUCAUCUCCUGUGCAGACUGUGGUAGCAGUGGGCACCCAUCAUGUUUAAAAUUCUCUCCAGAAUUAACAGCCCAUGUGAAGACAUUAAGAUGGCAAUGUAUUGAGUGCAAGACUUGCAGUGCCUGUCGAGAUCAAGGGAAAAACGCUGACAACAUGCUUUUUUGUGACUCCUGUGACCGAGGGUUUCACAUGGAGUGUUGUGACCCACCACUCUCCAGAAUGCCAAAAGGAAUGUGGAUCUGUCAAAUUUGCAGACCAAAGAAAAGGGGAAGGAAGCUACUACAUGAAAAAGCUGCACAGAUCAAACGCCGUUAUGCAAAACCAAUAGGACGCCCCCAAAACAGACUAAAGCAAAGAACUGUAUCUGCAGCCAGUGAUGAAGGAUCCAUGACAGUGGACACAGGAAGGGGGUCACCUGGUAGGGGUCAAAAGUCUAAAGUCUGUACCACACCUUCAUCUGGUCACGCUGUGUCUUUGAAGGACUUGAGCAGCAGAUUGACUGAUACAGACCCAACCCUGGCUGGCGCCACUACUUCCACCUCCAUAUUCAAAGUUAACAAGAAAACUAAGGGUCUCAUUGAUGGCCUAACUAAAUUUUUUACACCCUCACCCGAUGGCCGAAAGCCGAGAGGUGAAAUAGUAGACAUUUCAAAACACUAUUGGCAGAAGAAAAAGAGCCCUCUGAAACAAUCUGGCAAUUUUAACUCUAGCAUGUGGUCAACAGGUAUCUCUCAAAAAUUAACCCCACUCUGUCAACCCUCUCCCACAUUCCCUAGUCAGAGCCCCACUUCACACAAAUCCAGCACUUCUACCUCUGCUAACUCCCCCCAAAGUUCUUCCAGCCAGUCAAGUAUACCCUCUCUUAGCAGCCUUCCCAACAGCAGCCAGCUAAAGGGACUCUUUGAUGGACUUUCUCACAUUUAUACAACUCAGGGAGAGCCUCGCAAAAAGGGACUUCCCAAUUAUGCACCACCUAAGCGUAAGCAACAUAGGCCUGAGUUGUCUCCUAGAUCCAAAGCCUGCCCUCAUUUCCGAGAAAAGCAAGGUGUUAGAAGUAGUAGCUUUGUGUCCCCAGCUUUUUCCCGUGGCUGGAGGGCUUCCAGGAGGCACUCCUUUAAAUCUGUUGUGUGUUUCAAACGAACUUCUUUCCUUGUAAAGCACAAAAUAUUAGGCAGAUUAAAAUAUAGAAUGACCCCUCAAAUGGGGACCCCCUCACCAGGGAAGGGGAGCUUGGCGCACGGAAGGAUUAAACGUGAUCAGGACGAUGACAAUGAAGAAAUGAAAAACAUCAAAAAGGAAAGCACAGAGGAACUUGCAGCCAGCCACACAGACAAUGUGACAGAUGAGGACUUGGAGAUGUUCAAGCAAGCACGGGAUCUGUCACUGCAGAAAACUGGAGUUACAAAUACUGUUGACCCACUUGCUCGGUAUCCAUCUGUGAUUGAAUUUGGGAAGUAUGAAAUCCACACUUGGUAUUCUUCACCAUAUCCACAAGAAUAUGCAAGACUACCAAAGCUUUACCUAUGUGAAUUUUGCCUGAAAUACAUGAAGAGUAAGAACAUUUUGCAGAGGCACACAAAAAAAUGUGGCUGGUACCACCCGCCCGCUAAUGAAAUUUACAGAAAAAAGGAUCUGUCUGUGUUUGAGGUUGAUGGAAAUAUAAGCAAGAUCUACUGCCAAAAUCUCUGCCUAUUAGCCAAACUUUUCCUGGACCACAAAACCCUUUACUACGACGUUGAACCAUUCCUUUUCUAUGUGUUGACUAAAAAUGAUGAGAAAGGCUGUCACCUUGUUGGAUACUUUUCAAAGGAAAAGCUUUGCCAGCAGAAGUACAAUGUCUCCUGCAUAAUGAUUAUGCCCCAGUACCAAAGGCAAGGCUUUGGAAGGUUCCUGAUUGAUUUCAGUUACUUACUUUCAAGGCGAGAGGGACAGGCAGGAUCACCUGAAAAGCCACUGUCUGACCUGGGAAGGCUUUCGUACCUUGCAUACUGGAAGAGUGUGGUACUAGAAUACCUGCAGCAGCAUCGUGACAAGCAUAUCAGCAUAAAGGGGAUUAGCAGAGAAACAGGGAUGUGUCCACAUGAUAUUGCCAUGACUCUACAGCAGUUGAGAAUGAUUGACCGGCGAGAUUGCAAAUUUGUUAUCAUUCGACGGGAAAAACUCAUUCAACAACACGUGGAACGAUUGCAAGUUAAUCCACGCAUUAACAAAGUAGACCAAGAAAGCCUUCGAUGGACUCCGUUAGUAGUUUCCAGUGCUGCUGUUUCAGAGGAAGAAAGAGAGGCUGAAAAAGAGGCUGAUCAUCUGAUGGAACAAGCUAGUUGCUGGGAAAAAGAGCAAGAGCUUUAUAGUGAAACGCAGGCCAGUAAGCAUUCAACUCCAAGUGCACCAUGUAAAAAUAGAUUAGUACAGUCUGAAUGUCUUUCUGCCAAUGGUGAACCAGUAAUGAAGUGCACUAAAGAAACUAGUGAAGAAGAUGAUGAUGAUGACAAUGAUGAUCUUCAGCCCAAUUCACCGCCAGUGCUAACAAAACCACAGCUACGAGGACCUAAAAGGAAGAGGCUACCCAUUCACCGAAAGAAGAGGGGUCGCAAGCGCCGAAGACAUAACAGCAGUGUAACUACAGAGACAAUUUCAGAAACAACUGAAGUGUUGCAUGAAGCCUUUGAGAACUCUGAUGAUGAGCGGCAAAUGCCCUGCCUGGAACCUACUUGUGAGGAAGAGGAGAACGAUGAGGAAGAUGAAAAUGAUGAACUAAAGAAUUAUUUCAGGCGUAACAGUCGCAGCUUGGGUUUUGAAAAGCAAAACACAAAUCCAGAAGACGAGCAAGAAGAUCACUGCAAGAGUGCAGACGAAACUCCUGAGAAAGAACAACGUACAGAUAAAGUGAAUGGUGAUAUCUCUUCAAAAGAAAGCAUUGAGGAAAACUCUGUCCACCCUGAGCCUAUAACACGAGUUGUGAAACGCAAAAAAGGUUGGCCAAAGGGAGUGAAGCGUGGUCCAGCUAAAUGGAGACGCAAAGCCGAGAAUAAAACUGGGUUUAAACUCAACUUGUACACUCCGCCAGAGACUCCACUAGAGCCCGACCAACUGGUUACAAUGGAAGAGAGCCAAGUUGUGGUUGAGAAACACAAUGAUUCAGCACCUGUGAUAACUGAGGAAGAAGAACUCGAAGAAGAACCAGAAUCUCCAAAGAAGCCCGACUGCAAAUCGAGUGCAGACGAGCCUUUAGAAGAAGCAACUGAAAAGGAGAAUGGUGAAGUGAACAAAAUGCCUCAGGAAGAAGCUGAAAAUCUAGCAGGUGAGCGUGAGGAAGAGGAGGAAGAGGAGGAACCAAACCAAAAUGAGGAUCAUGAUGCAGACGAUGAGGAUGAUAGCCACAUGGUGUCUACUGAGGUAGGAAAGGAAAAUCCAGAGGAAGAAUUCAAGGAAGAUUCCCAAAGUCAGGAAACCUUUUUGGGGUUAAAUAUUCCCAAUAGCGCGACAGAGCAUAAAGAUGAAAUGGAUCCCCAAAAUGACCGUGUGCCAGAUUCUGAUGAAGAUCAAAUGAACGAUCAAGGUGGGAAUUCAGAGCAUGUACCGGACUCUGAUGAAGAUCACACAGACAACCGGGAUCCAAAAGACAGUGGCCAACAGUCCCCAGAGUUCAGAGCAGAAAACAUUGUAACUGCAGAACUUGAUACAGAGACGGUGCAGGCUGUUCAGUCAUUAACACAAGAAAAUAACGAGCAGGAAAGCAAUGAACAUGAAAGUACCUACCAGGACUGUGCAGAGACACUGGAGGCGUGCAGAAACCUGCAAAAUUAUACUCACACAGAGCAGAGUCCACAAAUGACCACAGUGGAUGACUGUCAUCCAUCAGAUCAUAGCAGUCCCAUUUCAUCUGUUCAUUCCCAUCCUAGCCAAUCUGUUCGCUCUGUCAACAGCCCCAGUGUGCCUGCUCUGGAGAGCAGUUAUGCUCAGAUAAGUCCUGACCAGACUGGCAUUUCUGCACCAUCUUUACAAAACAUCGAAACCAGCCCAAUGAUGGACGUUCCUUCAGUUUCAGACCAUUCGCAACAAGUUGUGGACAGUGGCUUUAGUGACCUAGGCAGCAUUGAGAGCACAACUGAAAACUAUGAGAAUCCUAGCAGCUAUGAUUCUACAAUGGGUGGUAGCAUUUGUGGAAAUAAUUCAGCACAGAACAGUUGCUCUUACAGUAACAUAUCUUCUAGUAGCCUUACUCAGAGUAGCUGUGCCAUGACUCAGCAGAUGACAAACAUUAAUGGUAGUUGUAGCAUGAUGCAGCAAAAUAGCAUCAACUCUCCACCAAACUGCAGUGUUAAAUCUCCGCAGAAUUGUGUAAUCGAAAGACCUCCCAGCAACAAUCAGCAGCAACUCUCACAGUGCAGCAUGUCCACCAGUUUCACACCAGCAAUACAAAUGACAGACAUUUCAGAAACUGGGAACUCAGCUAUCAGCAUCUAUGAAAGGAUGGGCCAGGGUGACUUUGGAACUGGUGGCUAUCAUCAACCAUCUGCCAAUUUCAGCCUGGCCAAACUGCAGCAGCUAACUAAUACAAUCAUGGAUCAUCCAUUGCCUUACAAUCACUCAGCUGCUGUUACUUCCUAUGCAACUAGCGUUUCCCUGUCCUCCCCACAUACAGGCCUUGUCCAGCUUUCACAGUCUCCUCAUUCCUUAGCAGGGGGGCCUCAAGCACAACCUACAAUGACUCCCCCACCUAAUCUAACACCUCCACCAAUGAAUCUGGCAGCACCACAUCUUCAGCGCAGUAUGGCAGCCCCUAAUAUUGGGAUCCCUCAUACCCAAAGAUUGCCCACACAGAUGGCAGCCAAAGGCCAUGUUGCAAUACGUUCCAAGUCGGUGCCCUUACCACCUGCUGCUGCUGCUCACCAGCAGCAGAUCUACAGCCGUGCCUCACCAGCAGUGGCCAUGCAGUCAGCUCCCCGACCUCUGGCAAUGCAGCGUGGCAUGAACAUGGGAGUUAACCUAAUGCCAGCGCCAACUUACAAUGUCAACUCAAUGAACAUGAAUAUGAAUACACUGAAUGCUAUGAAUGGGUACAGGAUGACUCAAUCCAUGAUGAACAGUGGCUACCAUGGAAAUCCUGCUUACAUGAAUCAAACUGCUCAGUAUCCCAUGCAAAUGCAAAUGAGCAUGAUGGGAACUCAGCCAUACAGCCAGCAACCGAUGCAGACCACCCCACACAGCAACAUGAUGUACACACCACCAGCUCACCACAGUUACAUGAACACUGGCAUGCCUAAGCAGUCUUUAAAUGGCUCCUAUAUGAGAAGGUAAUUUUUUGUUGGGCAUAUGAGGUACUAAAAGGAAAUUCUGCCUGGCUGAGUGCAAGAAAUCCAUUUCUGGAUUUGAUGGCUGAAUUGUCAAUAGAAAACAAUUUUAAAGAAAUUAUUAAUGGCACUUUGCAUUCAAUCUGUUGACAGAAGGAAGCCUUAUUUAUUUUUUUUUAAAAAUCAACAUCGGAUGGGGUAUUGUUAUCUUUGUUGUUCAACUGUACCUUUCCUUUCUGUGCUUGGCUUGAACAGAGUAUGUCUUAGAAAGAAAUAUGGAGAUUGAGGCUUGAAAAAUUCGAUAAGAAUGAAUACUGCAUUUAUACGCAGUAACUGCCAUGCAAUGGAAACUUUAAAUGUGCCUAAUUGCCCAUAGAAAGGAUUUUGAAAGUUAUAAAAUAGUGAAGCGGAAAGCUCAAAUGGUGGACGGCUUUACCAGACUUGUGGCUGGAACUCGGAUGCUUUCGUUCUUUGGACUUCUGUUAUUAUACAAGUGUAUUGGAUUUUGUUGAGCUGAUGCCUAAUUCAGCAUGCAGCAGAACAUCAUUGGAAUUUGUUUGUGACAGUGUGUCCUUUAGUAAAACAAAAAUGUGUUGUGUUUAACAGCAAGCCAUUUCUUAUGUUUUGCCUUUAUUAGGUUUUACUAGCUUUGAAGUCAAAUGAAAACUAUAUUUUUGUUAAUUCUGAGAUUGUAAAAAUUAUAAAAGCUAGACCUUGAGUUCAUUUGGCAGUUUUGAAGGGGUUACUUGCAAAAUGUUAAGUGUAAAAUUGAAAUAUUUCUUUUUUGUAACCUUUCUUUCCUUCAGUGAGGCAGCUUUAUAAAUGCAAAGUAUUCAGUUUGACAAAUGAAGACACAAAUUUGGUUUAACAGCAUAUCUGAAUAUUUGUACCUGUCAGUCUCAUUUAAAGCGUAGCUUUUCCUCCAAGUUCAGUCAGCAGCUGAACAUGCUGUCGUAUAUGUUCAGAGUUAUGUUGGCCCAAUGAUAACCACCUUGAACUAUUCAUUGGCAUUCCAUCAGUAGAUUUUUCUAUCUUUAGAGAAUAUCGAAGUUAUAUUUUAACAAGAGCUUAGAACUGUAGUGUGUGAAUAGACCAACAUAAGCUUACAAAACGCAUGUAAAAAGCAAAAGUAUUUGUGACUGUUUAUAUUUCUUCCUUUUUGUAGCCUUUGUACUUGUACAUGGUGACUGUAAGGACUGAGAGGAAAAAGCUGGAUACAUGUAUAAAAUAGGACGCAAACAAGUGAGAUGCACUUGUAUUUAUCAGUUAUCUUUCUAGUGAGUCACCUCAAAGGACGCUGUACAUUUUAACAUGGAAUAAAUUAUGUUGAGCCAUUUCCA